AUGCCAGGCGAUAAUUGCGCUGUGAUGGGUUGUAGGAUGUGUCGAAGAACUAAAGGUAUCGGUAUUUUUAAACUCCCAGCGCCUAAGAACGACGAAUAUAAGGCAUGGAGAUCACAGUGGUUAAACGAACUCACCAAAACAAGAGUAAUUGACAAGAAUUUUCGAGCGCAGAUUGACAACGACAAGGUAUUUACUUGUGAAAAACAUUUUAAAGAAGACAUCGAAACGUGUAAGUGCCAAGUUUUAAAUAAUUCUGGUAUACAAGCUCUUGUAGUCCCAAAUAAAAACAAUGUCACUUAAACUAAGGACAAUCUACAUAUUGACCAUUGAGUCACACACUACAAAGUAUCAAAUAUAUGAAUUAAUGUUGCAAUGGCGUAUUUAUUAAACGUAGUCACUAGUCAGCAAACUUUUCAAGUAAUAUAUAGUUCUAAAUGUGACUUGAUCAAAGUGUAUAAACAUAAAGUAUAAAAUGAGUCGUGCUGAUGCAUCAUUUUACAAAGUAUUAAAUACACACAUUAUAUUAUUUUGAUUUCUACUCAGUAAUGCACACGUUUUGAUGUGAUUCGUACUUUAUAAUAAUAAUUUAAUGAUAAGACAAUCAUGCACAAACAAUCGUAACACUAACAGACUAUACAUAUCUACAAUUACAGUAAUACAUAACAUACAUUAAUUCCCUUUGAACUAUUUUAAACUAUUUAAUUGAAGUACUAUAAAACAAUGUUAAAACAUCGAAGCAGAAUUUCUUUACAAUUUCUUUGUCCUGCAUGAACUUGAGGUAAAUAUAAUAAUAGUUUGACAAUUUAUAAUAGUUUGACAAUUUAAUUAUAAUAGUUUGACAGGUAUGCAGUUGCAUUCCUGCAUGUUUUGACACAAAAACAUGACAUGUUUUUCAAGGUAGACGAAGGAUCCACAGUUUUCGUAAUAAUAUGCUUACCAAUAGAUUUGCCAGACAAUUAUAAUAUAAUAUUAAUUUUUGUGGGCAGAAACUAGAAUGGCAAUUUUUCUUUCACCAACUAUUAUUGUAUCCAAUUUCCCCUGAUGACAGGUGGUCCAGAAAUAUAAAUUAUACCUAUCACUUUGUCUUCUCAGUCCUAAUAUAUAAAAACCAUUUACCUGAUUGAGAGUGUGAUUGGGUGUGUGGCUACUUUUAGGGAGGUUAUUGUCUAACUUUCUAAACUUUUAGAUGCGAUGUAUCACGGUGUAUUGAAGAUAUCUUUCAAUGUGCAUUAAAGAGAAAUUAUUCUUGUGAAUACAAGCCUCUUUUGAAUAUUCCUCUAUGCAAUGUGGUUUUGAAUGAGCUUCAUUUGAUGUAAGACCUCUGGUCUCUCGAAAAUGUCUUUUAUGCAUGUGCUCUAUUGUGUAUGCAAUGAUAAAAUAACAAAUUUGAAGCAAACAAUUGCAGUAAAUAUGGAUUACAUGAUUUUUACUUGCCCCAGGCAAGCGUUAAGUUACACCAUACCGGUACAGUAUUUGUACAAGGUUGGAAAGUCUAAAUUCAUGUGGGAUGCAAGUUGCCUGCCUACCUCAGAGGUGUUUUAAGCUUUAUUAUUGGCAAUAGCAUUUUUGCCAACCUUGUAUAAAUGGAAUACUAUACAUAAGACAGCAUAUGCAUGAAGGCAUUUUGUAGUAAUAGGGAAUAGCUUUAUACCAAUAUAAGGGAAAUAGCUUUAUACCAAUAUAAACAUAAAUUAAUUUGAAUAGUAUUUUAAUUUUGUAUAUACUAUUACUCUUAUAGACAAGCUGACCAAGAAUCUGGUCAUAAAUGCCAUAGAGAAUGACAGGAGGGAAAAUUUAAAUAAAAGACCAAUGGACAGGUCCAACAAGAAUUUAGAUGCACUCAUUAAGUGUAUUAUAAGUUGUGGCAUAUAUUUUAAUGUCUGGGAGAAAGCUGAAGAAGAUUGCAGAGGUGGCCUGUAUGAAUUUACAGGCCUUAUGGGGUCAGACAAGCGACUGCUCCUCAAGACUUUACCAAGCAAGCUGGUGACCAUACUUCCAGAUAAUACAAGUGGGACCAUUGUCAGACUCUGGCAGGUAUUAAUUGGGACAUUGGCAUUAUUUUGGGGUCGACCAUAUACAUUUGUUUGUACGAUUUAUUUGCUCUGUUAUAUUUUCUAGGAAUUUAAUGAAAU